AUGGAGGCCCUAGCGGAUCAGUUCCUCAAUCUCCCCGAGGGUUAUGACUCUGAUGGAGCAGCCUCGGAGGAUGAGCAGCCUAUCGCCUUCAGGCAGGGAAUGCGCCAGAUCAGGGUCAUCUUCGAGAACGCAUUGGAGAAUAGGACGACGUCCAAGAAAGCCUUGAAGAAUCACCGUCCAAUUUCAGCAGCUCCCGGCACGCAAGAGCACAGAGAACGCUGGUAUAACAUCUUCAUGGCCUUCUUCAAGACCCUCAAUCUUCCACCAGCAGCAAAACCUCAUGCUGACCAUGUUUACCGCUUUAUGGACGUCGCAGCCCGGACCCUCAUCAAGAGCUCAAUCGGCAAUAAGGAUCUCCCUUCACUAUCCACGCUCCAAACAGGCCUGCGGUACGUGCUGGGUAUGCUUGUUGAGAUACACGGCUUCACCGCCACCAAGCAAGACUCCAAGCGAAUGGAGUCGCUCUUUAACAAGUUGGUCAAGGACAAAGUACUUUUCAAGGGCAAGUGGAGGAAGCCCAAUCGCGUAGGCUUCCAGACAAUCCUGUAUCUGGUUGAUGCAUGGAUGAGCUCGGGUUUGAAGGAUGGUGUUCUGUCUUGGGACGUCCACAUCUCCAAACAGCUCAGCAUCGUCCUCAUUGGAUCCUUUGGUUCUCGCUGUGGGGACGUGGUCCGCUCGAGAAUGUAUGCCGGCAUGCAGUGCUUGUGCUAUAAAGACCUCGCUCUCUCCUUCUCUGGUGGUGAUGAUACCCAGGACUUGAUCUUGAAUGUUACCCUGCGUUUCGUCAAGGGUUACAAGGAUAUGGACAACGUCGAUCGUUGCUUUCGAGUCGAUGCGCUUCACAGCAACGCCCACAAUGCCACGUGUGCCGUGAAGAUGCUGCUCAUUCAAGCUCUCCGAGUUGGUGCUGUUGCAGCAAAGUCUUGGUCGGAGCUCAAGGCGCAGACACUUGGCCGUGCCGACAAAACCGUUCAAUGGACCACACCAGAUCAUCCUGUCAUUCCAGCCCUGAUAGGACACAAUGCAUUUCUUGACCUUGCCAAACCUGCUAGUGUUCAGCAGCCGCUGAGAAACAUUCACGCGAUGGCGUUGAAGGCCCAGUUCGUCAACAAGUUCCGUGUCCAUGACCUUCGUCAUGGAGUACUCGCUGAUUUGGCGCACCUUGACGACCAAAGCAAGAUCCGUGGACAUGCUAGUAUGGCAUCUGCUGCUUCAGUUGGGCAUAGAAUGUCUACUUUCAUGGCAGACACAACCGAGUCUUACAUUGGUGGAAGCGAUGCCUCGACGUGGACCUUACGUGCCGAAUCGUCAUGGACUGACUCGAGAAGACCAAAGAUCAGCCAGGUGCCUUUCAUAUCUAGGCCAAUUCCCCUAGAUGAGGCGGUGAACUAUUGCCAAAGUAUGAAGUGGGAUCAUCUGGACAAAGCAAAGAUCAAACGAGCGCGUUAUGACUUGCGCGUCCGACAAGAGGAGGAAUGGAGAGCCACGUGCCGCACUGAUGCAGCACCCUUUGUGGCAGCACCCUCUGCAGCUUCGAAUCCUGCCUUGCAACCCCUUGCUCCCAAAGACAUCAACGCCAAAAUCGCCACAAGAGCCUCUUCCGACGAUGACAAGAUCGACCCCUCCCUGCUUGCGCUGUCAGUCCCUGGAAAAGUACUUUUACAGUCGACGCCGUCCAUCCCAGUCACCGAAUCGGCAGCCCCGAUCCUCGAUGCCCUCUACCAGCCCUGGUCGGAUCCCGACAAGGUCGAAUCCGAAAAGGCCUUGAAUGAAGAGGAGGCUGACAACGCUCAACACUUGAUAGGCCUGAUUCUUGGCUCCUCCGAGGAUGGGCAGUCUGCGACGACAGAAGAUCUUGCAACUGCUGAGGAGGCCGAAGAGGCCGAAUUUCUUGACGCUCUUGAGGAUUCCCCAGCACAAUAUGCCACGGACGAUCCCAUUCACGCCAACGCCGACGAGUUCAUAAAGUACUUUUCAAGCAUGAAUGUUACCAAGCACACGGUUCUCUGGGGCUUGAGCGAGAGCAAGUUCAAUGAAAAGGUCGAGCAAUAUCUCCCCUGCGGUAACAGCAGGGAUCGGCCCACUCGCUUCGUCUUCUCAUGCCCCAAUCGUAUAUAUGGUUGCCCUUACACUUCGUCGUAUGGACUUCAAGUCGGUCGCCACCACGCUAUCUGUACGAAAACAUCGGCGGAGGUCACGCUGGCUUCGGAAAAACCAGCAACUCGUUCCUUCAAAUGUAGAAAGGAAGGCUGCGCAGAGGAGUUCGCAUCGGUAGCCAUACGAUACAUUCACGAGCGAGAGCAUAGUUGGACGAGGAAGCAAUGCGAUCUCGGCUGCACAGAUGGUGCCUGGUUUGACCAAUACGUCCAGUGGCAGAGGCACAGGGACCGCUAUCAUGAUGAUAGGUGGGAUGUGACGACAACUUGUUCUUUUCCCGGCUGUACUCGGACUGACCCUUUCGCGGCCCAAUCCGAUUUGUGUACAAAUAAUGAGCCAUCUCAUGGGAAGGAGGGGAAACUGUCACGACAUGCGGCUUGCAAGGGUUCUCGGAUGACUAUCUUCAACGACCCAGGAAAAGGUUGCUUUGGAGAACGCUAUUACACCGAGUCUGACGAUUCUUCAAGGCUGCAAACCCUUCACCAACAAAUUGAAACCGCAGCCGAACAAGCCCGCACGGCCAAAGAGCAAGAAUGGCAAGAAAAGACCUUGGAGUUUAAGAAACUCGUCCAAGAGGCAUCCGAAGCCUCCUGUGUCAUCAUCACUAAUGAAUUCCUAGUCAAGACUCAUGACGACAGACAUUGCACAAAGUGUUACCUGGAUCGCAAAGUUCGACGAUUUAGAAUGGACGCGCAUGAACACCCAUUGCCGGCAGAUCCUAUACACGCCAAAACGGUGGUAUUUGAACUCAGCUGUCCUAAUGCUUUCGCUGCAUACCGGGACUGCUCUUGGCAGAUAAUCAGCAGUCUGGCGUUUCCAACAGCACAAGUACCGGCUUUCGAGCCUCGAGUUCUACUUGGAGAUUAUUCUGAGCUCAAACCCUACAUACAGUCAAGCCCCCGAUUUCCCGUCGGUGUCGAAGACAUUUGUCUCCCAAACGGCCUCAAACUUGGGUACUUUGAUACGCGGCUGAAGAUCUGGCCAGCUCGACUACCACAGACACAAAAAGCCACAUUUGCGCACCACUGCCAGUUCGCCAUGCCAGCAAAUUCGCCAUUCUCGUCUUUGAACAUCUCAACCGACUUUGCUAUGGAUUUGAAGGGGCCUUCGUCGUACGAAAUCGUUGCUAGCCAAAGCAGGUGUCCUUCUGGGCUCAACAUCCAUGAAUACAUGUCGUUUCAAACCCUUUUCUCUGGAAAAUCUCGACGAUGGCCUCAGAUUUUGGUUGAACUUGGGUCUUCCAAUCUGAACUUUAGUACGGAAGCGACGACGACGUUGAUGACUUUCCUAGCACUACAAAUAGGACCUGGAGAUAAAGAGGAUCCUCUUGGGGUUGUUCAUGGAGUCUUCCGAGAUGAGGCCUUUUGUAAGAGGCUUGUGGAUCAGCUUGGCCAGCGCCUGGACGGGAUCUCGUCCAACUGGCGCGAAACAAAUUGCAUGGAGACCUUGAUCACUAUUGCACAUCGGCUGUUUGAGCUUGGCGAUUCCGUUUCUGCGGAUGCUGUCAAGCUGCUUGAAAAAGCCCGCGCAAUCACCUCUAAUUGGAUUUCUGCGUUGCGAUCGGAGAUCCAGACUGCAACAGAUGCAGAAACCUCCCGAAGAUGCUCCCGGUAUGCAUUUUGGGCCGCUUUACUUUGCAGACGGACGUUUACCUUAUACGGAGAUCAGCCAAGAUUGCCGCCCACAGCACUUCGGAGUUUCAUUGAGUGCUCUGUCUCUUUGCAAGAUAACAUGGUCAGCAAUCCUGCUAUGCUACCUUUGGCUUUGAAAAACGCUUUGAUCCGCGACUUCAAAAUGGUCCACCAGAUGAGAUUCACCCUCAGGUAUUCUCUUGAAUCCAGUGAAGACAGCCUGAUAUCGUCGAUCACUACUAUCUGGCCAGAUGUUGGAGGAAUCCAAUCAAGGAAGUUCUCUCGAUUCGAAUUUCUUCCAGAUCCAGACCAAUGGUGGGUCCAGGUCAUUAUUGACGCCACUUCCCAAACUACGCAGCAGACUGUGCAUUUCCACCUACUGGAAGGACAUCUGCUCGUCAUGGGGAAACCUAUUGGCAAAUUACCACCAGAAUGGAGAACAGCAGUGGUUCUACAGCAGCUCUUUGGCAAUCAGGCCUUGCUGACAUAUCCUUCAUCUCUCCCUGGCAUGACCUACAUGCUCGCCAUCAUGAUGAACGGCCACCAGAUUCAUCUUGGAUUCCGCAACGGGGAGGUAUUUGUUAGGGCACGCGUGCAUGAUACUGUUUUAGAGCUGAUCCCGCCACAAGUGUUUGGGACUCUGGAUCAUUUCGAUUUACCUGCAUCGUUAGUCGACAAUUGUGUGCAUUGGCUGGAUCUAAGGACCCGAAUUAUUGAGAUUAGGCAGCCACCAAACAUAUGGACGUCGAAGCAAAGCAACUGGCUCCUCAAUUUUAGUGCUGGCUACGCAACGCGCCGCACUUCUACUCUAGUCGAUCCGCACUCUCCGUUGUUCCAACGUAUUGCACGCACUUUUGAGCACUUCGAAAGCCGUCGACACUUAACGGCAUUCCAGCCAGGCCGGGGUAAAUUGACUGUCGAGCUGCGGCGCUUAGAGCUCUCAUUCUUUGUGAAUGGAAAAAACCUGUUUGAGUCUCCUCAAUUGAGAUCCGAGAUCGAUCCCAACCAAGACGCUGGUACGUGGUACGGACUGAGUUCCAAGCUCGUCCUGAGAGAAGUGGCGAAAGUGCGUGAUCCAGUCACCCAUUACUUGUCUUCAGUUCCACAGCGUCAAAGGAGUAUUUUGGUGCCUAUGGGAGAAAUCAGGUAUGGUCGUAACGGUCAGCAUAUUUCACUCUUUGUUGCGAAUGAUGGCGAUUAUGCGAAAUUCACGAUCAAUGAUGUUCUUGGACGUCUUGAUUGUCCAGCUGAACCCCGACUUCUGUACUUGAAAGCCAUGUAUCAUGCGUACACGUCAUUUGUGCUCCCAGAUCCUCUAAUAGGCCGUACUGGGACCGAAGAGGCUUUGCAUUGCCUGAAAUCGGGAUACUGCCAGCCGUGGACUCCCGUCACGACUGGACCCUACCGAGGACUGCAAUUGAUUGCGAGGCUGACUCCUCGGCGAGAAUACUACCCGAAGGAUAUGGAAGUAAUGCAAACGACUUUCUGGGACCCUCAUCUGACAACAGUUAUCCAGCAUGACGGAUAUCGGGCCAUCGUGGAUGCUAUCCUAGAGAAGUCAAAACAGCUGUCUGUAUUCUCUCUAGAAAAGAUCCAUCUGCCACCCCUGGAGCCCGUUGGUGAGACUCACCUGAUUCUGCGGAGUCGUUUACGGCGCGAGUCCUACCAACGACAAAACUCUGACUCGGAUGCACUACAACCAGCCGAAGAUGAGCCAUAUGCUGCACGAGACCGUUGGCGGGUUAGCCAAGGCCGGACUAAUGUCAUUGAAUGUACAAAUCUCAUUCGCGUGUGGCCUUCAGCACUCCCAACUACUCGAGACCUAGCUGGGAUUUUGCAGAACUGGCCAACCAUUGGAGGCUAUAAGGGAUGCUUUGGGAAAGUCCUACUCACGGACCUCCUCGAUGUGCAAUGGGCGACGGACUGGGGAUCCCUGGUCAAUCUUUGCCGAGAAUCCAGCUCCAAAGAUGCUUAUCAGCUGAUGUUCUUGUUUGCCAUCAUGUCCUUCCGUCAUGACGUGGAUAUGGAUGUACUAAGGACCUUGAUUGCUUUCACUGUGUUGCAGGAUUUGAAAGUACUCAGUCCGCCAAAGUGGCCAGCUUACAGUCAGUUUCGACAGAACCAAGUCCCUCGAAUUGACUACCUCUUGCAAUUGAUGAAGUCUUGUCUCGUUCCAUAUAGGGGAGAUCUACGAUCUACUUUUGAGUUCAAUCUCAAUCCAAAGCAGCGUAGGAGGCUCGAGUCUGCUGAGUUAGCACAUGAGGAGCAACAAGAGGCGGACUCAAAAUCGCUAGCUGAGUUUCUUCUCAAGCAGUGGCCCUGCCCUGAGCCAACAAUCGAGGGACUUCCCAUGUCCACACCUCUCUUGGUUAAUGUGGGGAAGGCUUUGGAAGUCAUCCGACCCGAGUGGCUGCGUUUGUUCCAGAACUUGGAGCAUUCCGACUAUGUUUCCCAAGUACAACGUGUCCUGGAUUGCCAUCACGCCAAUCUCCGCCGCCCAGAAGAACCACUGGUCCUUGGGUUUGGAGAGCAAGAUAUUUUUCAACGUUGCGACAGAGGUGGGACAUUUCCAACAUUACAAAAACUGCUUUCUAAGGCUAUUGAAGUUAAGUCCGGAUGUCUCACUUUAUCUCACACAUUCGAGUCGAACAGGACGAGGCCAAUGCCGAACCCGAAUCUGGACAAUGGUAGACAACAGAAGCUUGCUCCAGCUCUGUCUCCUGAGAUCCGGGAGCUUGAGACCAUUAUUGGGAUUGUUGCCAAGUCCAGAUCCGCAGUCCGGCGGCAGUAUGGAGAGGAUCUGUUUCAAAGUCUGAAAGCGUUACAACAGUUCAGGAGCGCUUCACAGGAGCAGCAACAUAAUUCAGUUAAUGCAGCCAGACUAGCCGUAGAAACCUCCCAGGCUCGGUUGGACAUUCAAAAUCAACUGGAUCGCCUUCGGAAGGCAUUGGAGCGGGAAGAACCCGCUCAUUGGCUGCAACAAGCUGGGCUCUGGCCGUCAAUUACACCCGUCACACUCCUCGAAAACUUGCGCUCUACCUCGAGCUGCGAGUUCGGGUAUGGAAUAAAGAAUGACCUUCUCUCCUACGCACAAUCAAUCACAGUAUUGCAGCGACUCCUGCGGGUGGAAGAUGCUCUCCAGAAGGGAAAUAUGCAACGGCUAAUGGAAGAGCAAGAGAACCUUGGACAUUCUAAUUGGAAGCCACUGGAUUACCCAGAUUGGCUUCUCCUUGAGAUUGACUCCAAUAUCCUGAUCCGUCCUGGUCAGGUCGACGUUACUCUUGCAACGAUAUCCCCGGAGUCCGGGUCUAAUUCAGUGUUACAGAUGAACAUGGGACAGGGUAAGACAUCAUGCAUUAUACCGAUGGUUGCUGCAGUGCUUGCGGACGGUAGUAAUCUUCUGAGGGUUGUUGUGCCCAAGCCCUUGCUUUUGCAGACUGCCCAAUUACUGCAUGCCCGCCUUGGCGGACUGCUAGGUAGAGAACUGAGGCAUAUUCCUUUCUCCCGCAAAACUCCGACCAGAUCAGCAACAAUUGAGGCGUUUCACAGAAUUCAUCGGGACAUUCAAAAGUCGUCAGGCAUUUUGCUGGCGCUACCGGAACAUCUCUUAUCGUUUAUGCUGUCUGGCCUACAGCGACUGUCAGAUGCCCGUAUACCUGAGGCGGCAUCAAUGAUCAAGGUACAAAAUUGGCUCACCAGGCGGGCGCGAGACGUGUUAGAUGAAUGCGACAAUAUCCUGGCUUUGCGUACACAGUUGAUCUAUCCGUCUGGCUCCCAGAAGACCGUUGACGGGCAUCCAAUUCGGUGGGAGAUUGCUGAGGCUCUACUCGGCCACAUUGAUGGCCACCUCCACAAUCUACACAAGGGCUACCCUCACAGCAUCGAGGUUGUUCGGCGGGAGCAAGAGUGCUCAAAAUCCGAUCGGCUGUCUAUUAAAAAGUUCAUCUCGGAGGCUAAAGUAUCCCCUGAAGUAACGCAUUCGAUAUCCAAGCUUUUCUCCGACAAGCCGGCUUUUAGGCAGGCUAUCUAUCUCCUCAGAGGGCUGCUUGUUCACCGAAUUCUUCUGAUGACGCUUAAGAAGCGUUGGAAUGUUCAAUAUGGGCUGCAUCCAACACGGGACCCGAUCGCGGUUCCCUACCAUGCUAAGGGAGCUCCUAGCGAUCAAGCUGAGUGGGGACAUCCAGACGUUGCAAUUCUCUUCACCUGUCUCGCGUUUUACUACGACGGCCUAAACAUCGCCCAUCUGCGUCAGACUCUGGAGCAUGUUCUUAAAUCUGACGAUCCUUCUCAAGUAUACGACCGAUUCUCACAGAACUCAAGUCUUCCAGACUCCUUGAGAGAAUGGAAUGCAAUCAACGUCGAUGAUGAAGCCCAGCUAAAAGAGAUAUGGCAGCAUGUCCGUUAUAAUGUCUUAGUGAUCGAUUACUUCUUGAACAACUUUGUUUUUCCGAGGCACGCUAGGCAAUUCCAAGUCAAGUUGCAAGCUUCGGGUUGGGAUAUUCCGCUGUUCUCUACUAGUAAUACACCUGUCAAUGGAGAUCCGAAACUCAAGCCUUCCAUGGCGUCGACGACCGGAUUCAGUGGGACGAAUGACUGGAAAGGGAUGCUACCUCUAACAAUCAGUCAGCAUGACCUUCCGGGAUUGUCGCACACAAAUGCCGAAGUUUUGACCUACCUGCUCCAACCUCGAAACCGCAAGUAUGUCCUUGCCGCAAACUCCCGUGGGAGACAUAUAUCCGAGCACGAGUUGCUCGGGAAAAUCUACCGGGAAGGCAUCCGAGUGCUGAUCGACGCCGGGGCUCAGAUCUUGGAGAUGGACAAUCUCAGCCUGGUAAAAGCCUGGCUUGAGAUAGCCCACGAAGCUCCGGCUGCCAUUUACUUCGACAAGAACAACAAGCCGCAAGUCUUGUACCGAAAGGGACAUCAGAUGCCUCUCGUGGCGUCCCCUUACGCUGACGACUUGGGCGAAUGCCUGGUCUACCUUGACGAGGCGCAUACUCGAGGCACGGACUUGAAGAUGCCUACAUAUGCUCGCGGGGCUUUGACUCUUGGUCUUGGGCAGACAAAGGAUCACACGGUCCAAGCUGCUAUGAGACUGCGGCAACUGGGAACCUCACAAUCAAUCACCUUCUUCGCCCCGCCAGAAGUGCAUCAAAGUAUUCUGGACCUCCGCAAGAAGGAGUCAAGUGACCCACUAUGCUCUUACGACGUCAUCUGCUGGCUCUUAGAGCAGACCUGUAGCGGCAUCGAGCAACUCCAGCCGCUCUAUUUCUCACAAGGUGCCGACUUCUGUCGCAGAGCGCAGGCGGCUUUGGAUCAUUCAGAAUUUGUCGCUAAUCCACAGCAACGUGAGGCUUACCUCACAUCAUUGCGACAGGUCGAACAGCAGACUCUAGAGCAAUUAUACGGGCAUAACAUGAAGGCAAAGUCCUCCACCCCAUUUGGGAAGCUGUCUCCUAGGAUAUCUGUAUUCAUUAAGGAGCUUAAUACCCGCCGCAAGGGCUUCCAGGAUACGGGAAAUGCGGUCCAUGGAUCUGCACUGCAAGAGGUUGAGCAGGAGAGGGAGGUAGCUUAUGAAGCUAAUCAGGCAUUCUUUGCAGUGGAAGCAGUCCGCGAAGUGCAGAAGCCGGUUCAUUAUCCGGCAUUCACAUUCCCUGGCCUGCACAGGAGCAUUAUCAGCUUUGCCAAGACCGGAAGACUUGCUGCCGAUUCAGCUGCUUACGAGCAGGCUUUCUCAGCCUUGAGGCGCACUGCUGUUGGCAGAAAGUAUGGCAUUACUGGUGAUGCCACAUCUGGAAAGCUGUAUGUUUCUACGGAGUUUACGAAGACUGUCAACGUCCCGUCAGGCCGGCCUUAUGAUCAGUUCCAGCGUCAAGUCAAUUGGAUCCUGUGGAGCACUGUCUCUGAAACAGCUCUGAUCAUUAUUCCCGAAGAAGCCGAACAUCUCCUCCAGCUUGUCAAGGAGUCCGCAUCACCACCAACCCAUAUUCUCACAUAUGCUGCACCCGUAACGCGUAAGAUGUUGCACUUCAACGAUCUACAGUACUAUGCCGUUCCAAGCCUGCCAUCCGAUUGGGAAGCUCCGUUAUGGCUGCGAACUGAGCUGGGAAUCUAUUCCGGACGUCUGUAUUUCGAGUACUCCGAAUAUAAGAGCUUAUUAGAGUAUCUCGGCGUCCGAGAAGAGACGGGCAGGAUUGGGGAAGACGAAGUUGACGACGUGGGUCUACAAGUAGAUAGGGUCGAGGAGGAGCCAGAAACGUCAACGGUGGAAUUGGACAUUGAACAGAAGGCGAAGGCCUUUACCCGCGAACCUUUAAACUUCCUACAAGAAUGGCUGGCUGUUCGCCGCAAAGGUCAGGAUUUCGCUCAUACGCCAAUGGGGUUUAUCUGCCAUGGAAAGCAGUUGCUAGAAAGUCACCCCUUCUUCUCACCGAAUGACAGUGAUCAGAUUAGGAAGGAGGUCCAGAUUAAGAAGGCAAGAACUACCAGUGGCGGCGAGGACGAGGCUGAAGGUGAGCUCUAUGAUGAGGAAGCCUAUAGCGAUAAUGUCGGAGAGGAUGUGGAUGAUUUUAAUGACGCGGAGUUGCUGUAUGAGGAAGUGGAUGAGGGGAGUGAGUGA